CCAACAGCCGAAAUCGGAUGAACUUUUAUUUGUGAUUCCGCUAUAAAAUUUUCUAAAUUUGCUAAAAUAAACAAUAAAUAAAAAGGGUACAGAAUUUUCUUUGUUUUCACUUAUUUGUUUUUAUUACUAGUUGUGGAGUUAAAUAGGUUAGUAAAAUGGAAGUACAAUUCGGUCCAAACGCGCAAGACGAACCGAACUUACUAUACAAACUACAGCGAAAAAUUAAAGUGUUUGAUACCAAAGAUGCACUGCCAAGCCGUGGUUACAAUCUUGUGGCUAGUUCAAGCAAAUUUGGCAUAGCAUUUGUAGCCUCACCAGAUGCAACUCUAUCAGUAUUCUAUUUAAACCAGCUCAUUGAUAAGGAAUGUGACCCCCAAUACCUAUCAGUGAGACUGCCUGAGAAAACAUCACACAUUGCAGUCAGUUGUCACCAAGAACUUUUAGCUGUAACUGGUGGACAGUUGCUUUGCAUUUACAAUAUUGCUGACUUUCAAAAUCCGAAUGUAUCACCAGCACUGUCAAUGAAGACUGAAGUGAAUCCUACUACCUUUGUAUCAUCCUUGCAAUGGAACCCAUGCAUUCCUGAUAAUAUAGCCAUAGCCUUCUAUGAUGGGACUCUUCUUGCUAGCCAGGUCACUUCAGGACAGAUUAACAAAGUGCAAUCUAAAGCAAGAUGUAUAUGUUGGAGCCCCAAAGGCAAGCAAUUGGUGACCGGCAACAGUGAUGGCACCCUCUGCCAAUACAAGCCCAACUUGACUCCGGCUAAACUGAUACCGGCACCAAAUUUAUUUGAAGGAGCACCAGUGGAAGUGCUUGCUGUAUACUGGAUAUCUACAUUUCAGUUUGCUGCAGUCUAUAAAAAUGCUACUGAUAAUAGCAGGCCAUCUGUCACUAUCGUGAACACACCGAAGGCAGGACAGCCAUCUUGCUUGAACUAUGAAGAUAUUUGUUACAGUACUGGCUCCAAUAGGCCUUGGUACUAUUAUCUUCAAGGAAUACCACAAUGGAAUUUAAUACUAUCUUCGUCAUCGAACAGUAUGGAGAUUGCCACAUUGGGAUCAGCAGAUGGCUCGUCUUGGUUGCAAUGGUGUCAGACUGACGAAGCUAGACCCGAACUACCUUUGACAGAUAAGAAGAUAGAAAAUUAUCCUGUUGGUUUAUGCAUCGACACAAGUGCCAUUCAUCAGCUACCCUGGGGAGAAAACGAGGUGCUACCGCACAUGCCUCUUCUCCUAGUGGUAUCUCAAACCGGUCUUCUUACGAUAUUCAACGUGAUUAAUAUGAACAAACAAGCGCCUCCGUUGUGUUCGCCGCCGCAACAAUUGCAGUUGCCGGCUGCGGCGAUGGCCACUUUAGUUCCCGCUGCGCCUGCGCCGACUACGGCCCCACCGCCUCAAGAAGUUCAAGCUAAGCCAGCUCAACAACCACAAACGUUUGCGCCACAACCUGUCGCACCACAACCUAUCGCGCCACUACCCGUUGCUCCACAACAAGUUGCCCCACAACAAGCUACCCCACAACAAGUUGCAUCACAAUUCACGCCGCAACCGCAAAUUUCAGUACUAUCGGUAGCAACCAGUGCGUUUGGAGCGCCACCUACUAAUAAUGCGCCAAAGAUGUUUCAACCGCAGUUACCGCAAGGAAUUUCUUUUGGGCAAUCGACACAAGCAGCACAAAAAGCAGUAGAAGUUAAACCAACAAUAGCCCCCGCAUCGCAACCGCAAGCACAGGUACAACCCAAGCCGACCCCAGUACCGGCCAAACCUCAGCCCACGCCCGCUCAAGAGGCAGCCGCCGCGGCCAUGAAGGCUGAACAAGAGAAAGUUAAUAAGCAGAAGGCGAAUCAGGAACUGAAAGAUAUGCUCAUAAAGGAGGUCAAUGACUUCCAAAUGGAGCUGUACAAGUUUAUGGUGAAAACUAGGGAGACGCAAGCGAAGCUACAACAAGAUAUAGAAGCGAUCAAUACCAACUUCAAUCUACAAUCGAAGGACGCGGAACAACUGAAGAAGGAAUGCUCAUUGGACGAGCUUCGCAACAAUAUUUUCCAGCUGAAAUUAGAGUUAGUGAAGGCAUGUGCCGUAGUUGCAGAGGCAAGAACCCAUGCUGAAGCGAAAGAUAUACAUCAGUGGACUCAAGUAGACCCUCUGACUAACAAGCGAAUUUCGUCAGUCAAAAAGUUGGCGUACUACGUGCAAAACCAGGUUGAACAAGCGCAAAAGGCAUUGGAUUACAAGUGGAAUAUUAUUGCCUCUAAUGAAAUGAAUAUGCACAAACCAGGCCACCGCAUGAUUCGGCCCAUACUCGACGACGUUUACCAACCGCUCGUCAAACAACAAGAGAUACUGUGCAGACAACAGGCCGUGUUGAGAACUCUGAGAAACACUCUAAAGGAGUGCGAAAUGACGCCUAUGUUCAAGUCUGCGUCGCUGUUGAGAAGUACUCCAUUUAAGAACAAAGAUCCUCUAUCAAAACUAACAAAGAACAUACUGAACAUGAGUAUCGAACCGCAAAACAAGACAAAGGAGCCAUUGCUAAACGCUCAAAAACUGGACGCUUUAAAAGACAUGUUAUCGAACCAUAAGACGAUAAAAAUAAAACCUGUUAGCGUAGAAAUGAGGCAGCGACUGGCCGCUAUGAAGAUAAAUUAUGAAAAGAAUUUGAGAGAAAAAGCUGCUCAGCCUAUCGUUCAGGAAACAAAAGUUUUACCUAAGGUGGAGCCACCGUCGCCUGUGUCUAUUGCAUCAGCAGCACCAAGGCUCGUGAAGUUCGAACCAAAACAAGAGAUAAAGUUCGAGCCGAAACAGGAAAUAAAGCCGUCGCCCAUUUCAAUACCAUCGUUCUCCGCCAUCAGCAAUUUAAAACCGGUAGCACCGUCGUUGUCUAAUGUUGCAAGAACCUUAUUUACGGAUGAACCCAACUACGCAUCAACGAAGCCUCAAUUGCAACAACCGAUCCCAAUCAGCCAAGUGCAACCGCAAACCAGUCAAGUGCAACCCCAACCUACUUUAAAACCGAAACAAUCUACCUUUACAUUUGCUGCGCCUACGUCUAAUGCAACAAACACGAGGAGCGUUCUCAAAGAAUUGUUACAAAAUAAACAGGCUUUGGCGAACGCUCAAAAUGAAGCGAAUGUUGCGGAACAGAAAAAUGAAACACAUUCUACAGCACAAACAAGUGAUACUAACACUUUCACAUUGAAAAAAAGUGAUUCAGGUAGCUUUUUAGAACAGAAGAAUGACGCAAACAUAUUUAUGGGGCAGAAAAUAUGUUCGCCCUCGGCAUUUGGAGCGUCAUCCACACCUCUCACCUCAGGGCCAUCUGGGUCUAAUUUAUUUACAGCAAAACCAAUAUCAGACAUAACCAACAUGUUUAGUAAGUUCCAACCACAAGCAUUUGUACCUGAAUCGAAACCUCAAGAACAAGCGAAGCCGAAAUCAUCUGAAACGGGAGAACCAGAGACUCCAGAAUUACCAAAAACAGAAACAAAGAAAGUAGAAAAGCCUAUGACUAAUUUAUUUGGUAUGAAAACUUCUACGCCUUUAUCCGCUCAAAAUGUACCUGAUGUUCUAAAAAUAGACAAGCCAGUUGUAAAACUUGUAGAAAAAAUUGAAAAGGCAAAAGAAAACAUUCCGGAGAAAUCUGCGGAGAAUGCAACACAAAGUACAUCAGUGCCGAAAACAGAGGACAAGAUUGAUGUGAUACCAUUUGGAAUACAGUCAACCAAUAAAACUUCUUUAUUUGGAACUCCACAGACAGCAGUGACAAGUGCAAGCGAGACUCCAGUUACAACGGAACAUCAAAAAGAAACUGAAAUAAAAACUGAUAGUAAACCGGAAGUGGAAAAAUCUGAUGCAACAACAACCAGUUCAUCACUUUUUGCUGCAGCAAACGCAGCUACACCGACUGAAAUUAAAUCCCCGCCAACAUUCACAUCCACUGCAACUGCGACAACUGAAUCGCCUACAACAGCAGUCUCUACUCUAACUGAAACCACAAAAACAUCUAUAUUUGGAACUCCUCCAACCACUGCAUCGUCAUUAUUUGGCUCGGCCGUCGCUGCCUCUUCUUUUCCUACUAAAACAACCCAAUCUGGAUCAAUAUUUAGUACAAAUACUACCAAUGCCAAUGUUUUUGCUUCAUCGCCAUCAUCUAUUUUCAGUACCCCCACUUCUGCCACACCUACUUCAGGAGAAACGACGACUCAAUCUUCGUCAAUUUUCGGUACAACAACUCCAACAUCAAGUAAUGGUGAAUCUAAACCAUCAGUUUUCAGUUCCCCUACUCCUGCUGCACCAUCUUUUGGUACAAAGACAACUCAGUCUUCGUCAGUUUUUGAGUCAUCUCCUGCAUUCGCUACUACAAAUAAUUCGGCAUUUAGUUCAACAACGGUUUUUGGAACCACUACCACUACCUCUUCUAUAUUUGGCGGCACUUCGCCAUCUAGUGUGUUUAGGACAGCAACCGCAACUACUACGGCACAAUCUUUAUUUGGUAGCCCACCAUCAACUACCAGUCAAUCUGUCUUUACUUCUACAACUUCCCAGUCUUUAUUCGGUGGAACGCCAACGACUACGCAAUCUCUAUUUGGCUCUACACCCGCAACAACUGCAUCAGCAUUUGGCAGUACAACGCCUACGCCAGGUGCUUUCGGGGUUACUACAACUCAAUCGUUGUUUGCAACGACAUCACCAAAUGUAUUUGGAACAGCAACUACUACCCAAGGUUCCUUAUUUGGUGCUCCUACUACCACUCAAUCGAUGUUUGGUGCACCUUCAACUCAAUCUUCUGUAUUUGGAACUAGUAACCAGUCUGUAUUUGAGAACUCUCAGGCUACGCAAUCUUCAAUAUUUGGGAGUCCAACACAAACUACUCAAUCUUCGCUCUUUGGCGGUACAGCCGUGACGACGACGGCGCAAAGUGGGUCAUUAUUUGGAGGAGGUGAAGCCAAUUUGUUUGCCGCUGCGAGUAUAUCUACAACUAGCGCUCCGUCGCAGACUAGUGGUGGAAAUAUCUUUGGUGGUGGGUCAGGCGGUUCCGUGUUCGGCGGAGGUAACACGAGCAACGUGUUCGGUGGUAAGGCCGCCUUUGGCCAAUCGAACACGUCUGCCGGAUCCAUCUUUGGAGGCAGCGCCUCUUUCGGACAGAAACCCGCCGCCGCUAACAACUUCUGGUCGGGUGGGAAUACCAGCGGAGGAGGAUUUGGAUCUGGUUUUGGUCAACAAGCAACAACCCAAGCUUCGUCAAUCUUCGGAGGCACAGGUGGCAGUUUCAGUCAGCCCAGUACUGGCCAACCUUUCGGUAGUCCCCAACAAAACGCCGGCUUCGGCGAGAACAAACCUUCGAUCUUUGGGUCCCCUCAGCAGCAAACUGCACCAGCCUUCGGAGGGUCUGCAGUAUUCGGAUCAAAGCCUGCAUUUGGCCAAUCAGCAGCUUUCAGCUCCCCAACUAGCGGCGGUUUCGGUUCGUUCAGCGGGCUGAACAAGAGCCCUACGAGUGGUUUCGGCGCGCCCGCCACCUUCGGGGGGUCGGCCUUCGGCGGUGGAGCGACCUUCGGGGGAACCUCGCCUAGCAAGAUGUUUGGCGGCUCGCCGGCUGGUUUCGGAUCACCGACCCAGUCUAACGCUACGUUCGAGAGCUUAGCGACACAAAAUACGCUGACUUUCGGCAACUUAGCCCAGCAGUCGGGGCCGCCGCCGCAACAGCAACCCACUUUUAACACAUCUCCAUCAUUCACUGGUUGGCGCGGCUGAUGACAGUUUUACAAAGAUAGGGCGGUGCGAAUGAAGCACGCUCAUUAAAUCGUGAGGGCACGUUAAGAACAAUAUCUAAAUAUUGUUAUCGUUAUCAAUAAAAAUAAAUAUGGAUGCAGAUGUAUUUUUUCUGUGAGAGCCAAAACAUAGAACGUAUAUAACGUUGUCAUCGUUGUCACGUAGAGGCCAGAUCAUUAUAAAAUACAUUUUAUGCAUAUUUAAAAAUAUUUACUUACCCAAUAUUAUAUUGCAGGAUACCUACAUUCUCAUGGUUAUGUUUAUAUGUUAUGAAUAUUUAAAAUGUAAUGUAACAAUGUGAUUAUGUAAUAAAUACGACAUUAUAAGAG